AUGACCAACAGAGAGUGAAACACAAUACAGGACAUAAACACCAGACAAUGUGGUCAGAUACUGGUGAUCAUGUGAGGUGGUGUGGUCAGUGAACAGGGGAAUGAAAUCACUGCUGAACUCCAGCGCUGUAUAGUCACUCACAUGAUACAGAAUUAAUGACAAUUUUAUUGGCCAUUAAUUACUUAAUUCAUUUUAACUUCCACAGUAUUUGAUCAGCCAUGGCGGUCAGUGACAUGGAGUGAGAGUAAUAGAAAGGAGAUGUUGAGGAAACUGAAGGGAUUUCAGCCAGGAACCACAGAAGUCCACGAGCUGAAGAUUCUGCUGCACGGCCCGGUCGGAGCAGGAAAGUCCAGCUUUAUUAACUCGGUCAACACCGUCCUCCAGGGACACAACACCUCCACUGCACUGGCAAAUUCAGCAGCUGGGAAAAGCUUCACUAAAGAGUUUAAUUAUCACAGACUGAAGAAAGACGGGCCUGGAUCUUUCUACCCAUUUGUCUUUAUUGAUAUCAUGGGUCUGGAAGCAGAGGCGUCGUCAGGAGUGCACAGUGAUGACAUCAUCAAAAUAUUACAGGGUCACGUGAAAGGUGGCUACUCUUUCAAUCCUUUUAAACCAAUUGCUAACCCCAGUAACCCCAGUCUGAAGGACAAAGUCCACUGUCUGGUGAGUGUGUUACCAGGGGACAAAAUCUCCCUCAUCACUGAUGAAGUCAUCCAGAAGAUGAAAGCUGUUCGGGAACAAGUGCGUGAGUUAGGGAUUCCUCAGGUCAUCAUCAUGUCACAUGUUGACAGAGCAUGUCUGCUAGUUAAGGAGAACCUGAGGAAGAUCUACACCAGCAGAAAAAUUAAAGAGAAGAUGGAAGAGUGCAGUCAUAAACUGGGAGUCCCCAUGAACUGCAUCUUUCCUGUGCUGAACUACCACGAACAGAUCACCAACGACUUGAACAUGGAUCUUCUGAUUCUCAUGGCAAUAACUGACAUCAUCCAGUUCACCAAUGAGUAUGUUGAAGACCAGGUUUAUAACACCAACCAGUAUGCUGAAGGCCAGGUUCACAAUGAAUGAUGUCCCUCAACAGAGUCUCAUCUUAACUCAUCUUUUUAAAUCUUCUCUUUGUUUUUUAUAUUCUAUGGUUUAUUAUGAUCACUUUAAGAUCAGCAAUUAGAGUAAU